AUGUCCACCAUCCGCACCAUCCCCCCUGAGCCUUCCGAUCCUUCUCCGACUACCAAUCGCCCCUCAACCCCUCCCUCCCACCCCAGCACACCCACUACCGUCGCCACCUUGACACCAAAUGGCCAUCACCGAGCCACUGUUACCCCUAUCCCUCUACGCCCCUUCACCCAUCGACGACCUCCUAACCCCCACACACCCGAUGGUGUAGUAGAGAUGGAAAUGCAAGGACCACACACCUGGCCAGAGGUCAAGAGGAGUUGGUGGAAGAGGGUCUGGAGUUGGCUGAAGGGAUGGCGCUUUCGUUGA